AUGGGUUCUAUAGACAAAGUUCGGAACAAAUUUUUGGGUACUUCUUUUUUGAACCAAACCUCUGAUGAAGAUAAAAAGCUUAAUGCAAGAGUUGAAGUAGCUAAUGAAGUAAGCUCUCUCUCGAGUGAUGAGAAUUUGCAGGCACAUGUAUUUCAAGAUCCAGCGGUUGCGGAAUACUAUCGUCAGGUGUAUGAGAACACAAAGUAUGAGUGCAGAGAAUACGUUGAUCAUGAUCUUACAUGGACCAAGGAAGAGGAAAGGAAGAUUGUUUGGAAAAAUGAUUGGUAUGUCACUUUCUGGGCAUUUGUCAUGUUCACUGCAUUAGAUUUUGACAGAGGUAAUAUUCAACAGGCGUUGUCGGAUGAUAUGCUCAAGGACUUGAAAUUAACAACCAAUGAUUAUAAUCUAGGAUCUACUAUUAACUUAGUCUGCUUUUUGUCAGCCGAGUUGCCCUCUCAAUUACUCUCUAAAUGGAUCGGUCCUGAUAUAUGGAUUCCAUCUCAGCUCGUAUUAUGGAGUAUUGUUUCUAUCUGCCAGUGCACAAUUAAAACUAAGAGUGGCUUUUUAGCUACUAGAGCUCUUAUCGGUGCUCUCCAAGGUGGUUUUAUUCCUGAUGUGUGUUUAUGGAUGUCAUACUUUUACACAGCAAAAGAGUUUCCUCUCAGAAUGUCUUUGUUCUAUAUUGCCAACCCCUUGACCCAAGUAUGGUCUAGUCUCUUGGCUUUUGCGCUUUUGAAGAUACACACAAAUCUGUUGAAAGAAGGCUGGAGAUGGCUCUUUAUUGUUGAAGGAGCCUUUACAUUAUUGAUUGGUUUAGUCCUGUUCUUCAAGAUGCCAGCUUCCGUAGUGCAAACUAGAGCUUGGUAUCGAAAGAAGGGAUGGUAUACCGAAAGGGAAGAGAAGAUUUUAGUUAAUAAAAUCUUACGUGAUGACCCCAGUAAGGGAGAUAUGCACAAUAGAGAACCUGUGGGGCCCAAAGAGCUCGUGAAAACUCUUUUGGACUACGAUCUAUGGCCAAUAUAUGCCGUUCGUUUUUUAACUGACAUUGGUUCCUCUCCAGUUGGUCAAUAUAUGACGUUGACACUUAGAAAGCUAGGAUUUUCUACUUUCCGUACUAAUGCUUUAACGAUACCAUACAAUAUGAGCUCGAUUAUUACGUUAGUUAUAAUUGGAUAUCUUUCUGAAGUUUUCAAUCAAAGAGCACUAGCCAUGGCGAUUACUCCUUUUUGGGUUUUAUGUUGCAUCAUACCUUUACGGUUUUGGCCAGGAGCUCAAAAGGACGUAUGGGGAACAUACGCUUUACUUACAGUGUUAUUGGGGCACGCUUCAUUAGCAUCAAUCACGAUCACUUGGUGUUCAGCAAAUUCAAAUUCAGUCAGAACUAGAGCUGUGUCAGCAGCGCUAGUUAAUAUGUUUGCUCAAGCUGCCGGUAUCUGCUCUUCUAAUAUUUACAGAAAAGAUGAUGCUCCAUUAUACAAGAGGGGUAAUACCAAUUUAAUCAUUGUUGCAUUCGCAACAUUGGUUGCUUGUUUCCUUGCAAAAGGAUAUUAUAUCUUUAGAAACAAGCAAAGGGAAAAGAAGUGGAAAAGUUUUACCAAGGAGGAAAAGGAAGACUAUAUGAGGUUAACAACUGACGAAGGUAACAAAAGACUAGAUUUUAGAUUUAUUCAUUAG